GGUGACUUCGAUAUCAACGAUGACACCAGCUGUGCGGGACUGACCACAUCAAAGUCACUUCAUCCAAAUAGUGCGAAGAAUAGCGUGACAAAAAAUUCAUCGGAUGUCCUGAACCAUCGUAAAUCUGUUGCAUUUCCAACACAGCCUCCUGGAGCCGAGGUUACACUGAAAGCAAAUGGUACUUUAAUAGUUGACUCAAAGGCUGACUCCGGCAGGCAGUCGUAUGCCAGUGAACAAGAUUACUACGAAAGCGGGAGCGAAAUCAAACUGUGA